CAUUUUGAGUUAGACCUUCACUUUUAUUGCGUGUGGAACGUCUAGUUGUUCCAGCACCAUUUGUUAAAAGGACUAUCCUUUCUUCACCAAAUUGCCUUUGCUCCUUUGUCAAAGGUCAGUUGACUAUAUUUGUGUGGGUCGAUUUUUGAGCUAUCUAUCUGUCCAUUCUUACACCAACACCACACUGUCUUAAUUACUGUAGCUUUAUGUAAGACUUGAAGUUGGAUGUUGUCAGUUCUCUUUGUUCUUUUUAUUCUUUUUCUCUAUGAAUAGAAAAUACUUUCUAAUUUCUUUGCAUGCCUCAUAGUUCUUUUGUGUAAAGCAGACAUUUUGAAUAUGAUAAUGAGGUGACUCUGGAAACAUCAGAGUGUGGUAACUCGGAUACGCCUCUCUCCCAGCGUUUGUUGUUGCUGCUUGCUAUGGGUUAUGGCUGUUUGUUUGUUUAGUGAUGUUUUGAAACUGUAUUUAUAAAGACUGUAUUCCUUCUUAUGUGUGACCAUUGAAUUCUGUUCCAUUGGCUUAGUUGUCAGCUAGUGAUUCAGCAGAGAUUUUCUUUUUUUAACAUUUUUUUAUUGAGUUAUAGUCAUUUUACAAUGUUGUGUCAGUUUCCAGUGUAGCGCACAAUUUUUCAGUUAUACAUAAACAUACAUAUAUUCAUUGUCGCAUUUUUUUCGGCAGAGAUUUUCUUAAACAUCUGGAGAAGAAAAUAAAACGAAAGAAAAAACAAAAUUUCUGAUCUUUACAGAUUGACUUUGUGCUUCUCCAGACUGUUUACAGCUCUGCCUUAGCCUCUCCUUUCUGCUUGCACAGAGCCUAAAAAUCAACUAGAGGCGAAAGCCUGGGAUUUGCUCAGGUCUUCUGUGAGCAUGCCUCCAGCCCUGGGCAUGUGCGUGACCUUCUAGGUUGUCUGGUAUACAGAGCUUUCCAAAGCCCUUUUCUCCCAUUUUCCUCCUUUCCCAGCCUCUUCCUUCUCUGGCUUUUUGGUUGUCUGUUGCCUGCCCCAUUUGUGACCUUUUGUUCCAAGUAGCUGUGACUGGUAUAUAUGCCUUUAAAGGUUUUUGAAACACUGCCCAGGAGGCUGGUCCAGCCCUGAGGAAGUUCUGAGUUGGGUGAAACAAAGGCAAGGUCCUGAGUGGAUCCCUCAGAGAGCCACCAGCCAGGUUAGAACACACAACCACAGUUCUUUAAUAACAAGAUCUCUAUUGCCUUUCCUGGCACAAGCAACUGGUAUAACUGGAAAAAAGAACACAUUAAAUGAUGGGGACAGAAAUGAUUCAGGUAGUGAAUGAUGAACUCACUGAGACUUUGUGUUUAGUAAGUCGAGGUUUGAGAGCAAUCAUCCAAUCUUUACACAUCUUAACGUGUAUUAUGUUUCUAGAAUUUGGAUGCAUAUCAAGAUGUUCUGAAGAACAGCAGCAACCCUUCGAGGGAUGGCCACUUCAACACCAUGACCAAAGACAAAGACUCUACUGUCAGAAGCUUUCAUUUUGUUUACAUCGUGACUUUAAUAUUUGGAACCAUAAUCCAGUUCUCUGAUGAAAGCGAAUUUGUGGUAGACAUGUCAAAACUAGGCCUUACUCAUGUUCCAAAAGACCUGCCACCAGAAACCAAAGUCUUAGAUUUGUCUCAAAACUACAUAUCUGAGCUUCACCUCUCUAACGUCAGCUUUCUCUCAGGGCUGAAAGUUUUGAGACUUUCUCAUAAUAGAAUUCAGUGCCUUGAUGUUAGUAUUUUCAAGUUCAACCAGGAUUUGGAAUAUUUGGAUUUAUCUCACAAUCGCUUGCAGAAGGUGUCCUGCCAUCCCAUCAUGAGUCUCAAGCAUUUAGACCUCUCAUUCAAUGACUUUGAUGCCCUGCCCAUCUGCAAGGAAUUUGGCAACUUGACUCAACUGAAUUUCUUGGGAUUAAGUGCUACAAAGUUCCAACAAUUAGAUCUACUGCCAAUUGCUCACUUGCAUCUAAGUUGCAUCCUUCUGGAUUUGGAAGGUUAUUAUGUGAAAGAAAAUGAGAAAGAAAGUCUUCAAAUUCUGAAUACAAAGGAACUUCACCUUGUUUUUCACCCAGAUAGCUUCUUCUCUGUCCAAGUGAACAUAUCAGUUAAUAGUUUAAGGUGCUUACAACUGACUAAUAUUAAAUUGAAUGAUGACAACUGUCAAGUUUUACUUAAAUUUUUGACAGAACUCACUAGAGGGCCAAACUUACUGAACUUUACCCUCAACCACGUAGAAACAACUUGGAAAUGUUUGAUUAGAGCUUUUCAAUUCCUUUGGCCCAAACCAAUAGAAUAUCUCAAUAUUUACAAUUUGACAAUAGUUGAAAGCAUUGAUGAAGAAGACUUUACUUAUCAAAAAACAACAUUGAAAGCAUUGAAAAUGGAACAUGUUAUAAACAGAGUUUUUCUUUUUUCACAGACAGCGUUAUACACAGUGUUUUCUGAGAUGAACAUUAUGAUGUUAACCAUAUCAGACACAUUUUUUGUACAUAUGCUUUGUCCGCAGGUACCAAGCACAUUUAAGUUUUUAAACUUUACCCAGAAUGUUUUCACAGAUAGUGUUUUUCAAAAUUGCAACACUUUAGCUAGAUUGGAGACACUUAUCUUACAAAAGAAUAAAUUAAAAGACCUUUUCAAAGUAGGUCUCAUGACUAAGGAUAUGCUGUCUUUGGAAAUACUGGAUGUUAGCUGGAAUUCUUUGGAAUAUGAUAGACAUGAUGAAAACUGCAUUUGGGUUGGGAGUAUAGUGGUGUUAGAUUUGUCUUCAAAUCUAGAAAAAGAAGAUAUAAAGAUUUGUCUUCAUGAGAGGAAUUUUGUUCCCGGCAAGAGCAUCGUGGAAAAUAUCAUAAACUGUAUUGAGAAAAGUUACAAGUCCAUCUUUGUCUUGUCUCCCAACUUUGUUCAGAGCGAGUGGUGCCAUUAUGAACUCUACUUCGCCCACCACAACCUCUUCCAUGAAGGAUCCAAUAACUUAAUCCUGAUCUUGCUGGAACCCAUUCCACAGAACAGCAUUCCUGGCAAGUAUCACAAGCUGAGGGCUCUCAUGGCACAGCGGACUUACUUAGAAUGGCCCAAGGAGAAGAGCAAACAUGGACUUUUUUGGGCUAAUAUUAGAGCUGCUUUUAAUAUGAAAUUAACACUGAUCACUGAAAACAAUGACAUACCAACUUAAUGAAAAAAAUCAGAAAAUUCAACUUAAGAAACUCUCAUUAACUUGGAUUCUGAUGAACAUGGUGGUUUUAAGUUAUUUUCGGAUGGUGCCUCCAGUUAUCUCCAUGCAUUCACGUAAGACCUAAAAAUUAAACCAGGCUGAGGGCUGAGGUGGUGCUCAAUUACAGGGAGCUCAGUCUCUUCUGGCUGAACCAUUCCAUUUCAAAUUGAAGCAGUCUCUUCUGAGUAAAUGCUCAGUCAUUCAAGGACCUUCCUUUUCUCUUCUCCUUUCCCAAAUGGAUUUUGUGUGAGCAGGAGUUUAUGGGACCUCAUGGCAGCAAGGAAAGUGUCCACUUCAGAACUGUAUGCAAUGGUGCUUGGGCUGUUCUGUGGAUCCUCACUUGCCUCUGGAUGGGUUCUGUCAUCCUGCUCAAUUUUGGGACUUGGGAAAAAAUUAGAGCAGUUAUAGAAAAUAAAGACUUUUUUUU